CACUGGGAGCCGCGUCGGUACGGACUAGCAUUAUUCCGGGUUUUUCCGUUGGCAGCGUUUCCAGUGCUGGCUGCAGGUACGUUUGGCUGUAGCAACCUCAGCUUGACGUUGCAGUGGACACCUUGUUGGAGCUCACAUCCACGUAAAUCAUUAGGCAAAGACACACGUGGAUCUCUCUCCCUAGAUACCUUCCGGCCACUGCACAUCCAUUAUGGCGCAGGUAAUCUCGAAUUCCGGCCACGAUGACAUGAUCCACGAUGCGGUACUUGAUUACUACGGCCGCCGCUUGGCAACCUGCUCCUCCGACAAGACGAUAAAGAUCUUCGAGAUUGAGGGCGAAACGCAACGACUAACCGAAACAUUGAAAGCUCACGAAGGCGCGGUCUGGUGCGUAUCAUGGGCGCAUCCCAAGUACGGCAAUAUCCUGGCCUCGGCAGGUUACGACGGCAAGGUGCUCAUCUGGCGCGAGCAAUCGAACCAAUGGCAGAAGAUCUUCAACUUCGAACUCCACAAGGCCUCGGUCAACAUGGUGUCAUGGGCACCGCACGAAUCCGGAUGCCUACUGGCCUGCGCCUCGUCUGACGGUCACGUAUCCGUUCUCGAAUUUAAGGACAACAACUUCCAGCACGUCACAUUUGCCGCCCAUGGCCUGGGGGUGAACUCGGUUUCGUGGGCCCCUGCUACGACACCUGGUAGCAUCAUAUCUUCGUCGCCGCCAGCUCAGGGUGCCUCCAGCCAACGCCGCUUCGUGACGGGCGGAUGUGACAACUUACUAAAGAUCUGGACAUAUGACCACGCCUCGCAGGGUUACAAGCAAGAGCAGGAACCAUUGACUGGUCACACAGACUGGGUCAGAGACGUUGCUUGGAGUCCCACAGUGCUACAAAAGAGCUAUAUUGCCUCGGCAUCGCAAGACAAGACGGUUCGCAUCUGGACGAGUGAUAGUACGGGUCAGGGAGGAUGGGCGUGCAAGGUGCUUAACUUUGACGAUGUGGUUUGGAGAGUCAGUUGGAGUCUUUCCGGCAACGUGUUGGCUGUUAGCGGCGGCAACAAGGUGUCCCUGUGGAAGGAGAACCUAAGAGGCGAGUGGGAGUGUGUAAAGAACAUGGAGGAAUAAUUUGUCAAAGUAGUAUGACAGCAUAGCUGCUCCAAAAAGGUGGGGCAGAAAAUAAAUGAACACAGGAAUCUAGCAUAUUCACACCUGCUUCGGGGCUCCCCUGUCUAGACCACACAUGGGCCUCUUUGUCACUCACAUUACGG